CGCCCUUCGCCAGGAUGUGGGAACUGGAGCUGGCCCCUGAGCGCUAGGGGCUCUGCGGGGCAGGGAGGCCCCGGUCAGGAUGGCCAUGGGGCGCUCGCUCGUGAAGUUUGAGAACCUGCAUGAACUGAAGAGGCUCUGUCACUGGGGCCCCAUCAUAGCCCUGGGCGUCAUCACCAUCUGCUCCACGAUGGCGAUGAUCGAUGCAGUCCUGUGGUAUUGGCCCUUGGAGACACCAGGAGGGAGUGUGAAUUUCAUUAUGCUUAUCAACUGGACGGUUAUGAUUCUUUACAACUACUUCAAUGCCAUGUUCGUUGGCCCUGGAUAUGUUCCUUUCGGAUGGAAACCGGAAAAAUCUCAGGACUCUGUGUAUCUCCAGUACUGUAAAGUGUGCCAGUCUUACAAGGCACCACGUUCACACCACUGCCGAAAAUGUAACAGGUGUGUUAUGAAGAUGGAUCACCAUUGUCCUUGGAUCAAUAACUGUUGUGGAUAUCAGAACCAUGCAUACUUCACUCUGUUUCUCCUUUUAGCCCCACUUGGAUGCAUCCAUGCAUCUUUCAUUUUUGUUAUGACUAUGUACACUCAACUUUAUAACAGGAUAUCUUUUGGGUGGAGUUCUGUAAGGAUUGAUAUGAGUGCAGCCAAAAGAGACCCUCUUCCAAUUAUUCCCUUUGGAUUGUCAGCAUUUGCUGCAUCUCUCUUUGCCUUGGGACUGGCAUUAGGAACAACUAUAGCAGUUGGUAUGUUGUUUAUUAUCCAGAUGAAAGUCAUUCUGAGGAAUAAAACUUCAAUCGAAUCCUGGAUUGAGGAGAAGGCCAAAGACAGAAUCCAGUAUUACCAUACAGGUGAAAUCUUCAUUUUUCCUUAUGACAUGGGAAGUAAAUGGAAGAACAUCAAGCAAGUGUUUACAUGGUCUGGGAUUCCUGAGGGAAAUGGCCUGGAAUGGCCUGUAAAAGAAGGCUGUCACCAGUACAGUUUGACUGUUGAGCAGCUCAAACAAAAGUCAGACAAGCGACUAAGAAGUGUGCGGUACCAAGCGGUAGAAGACUACAGUGGUGCCUGCUGCCCCAUGACUAAAGGUGUUAAAACAUUCUUCACGACACCCUGCACAGAGGAACCUAGAAUUGCACUGAGUAAAGGGGAUCUGAUUUUAGCCACAAGAGGCUUAAAACACUGGAUGUAUGGUGAAAGAAUUCUUGACUCAACUACUGAUGGUGAAACAAGAGUCAGAGGAUGGUUCCCAAGGAAUUGCGUGGAAAAGUGUCAGUAUGAUUCUGAACUGGAUCAACCAGUCGAUGGAGAAAAGAAAAAUAGAUAGCCCUUUCACUAUUUUUAUUAAUAAAUGAAAUUUUCCUUUCAGAACACAAUCCAUUACUUGAAACCUUGUGUAUAUUACUUUACAUAUAUGCAAUUGGUAUAUUACAAAAGGGUUUUAAUUUCCUCCCGAUGUAAAAGUGCUAUAGUGCCAUGAUCUAUAUUCUUUUUUGUUUUUUUUACACAUUUUAUAACUGAUAAAACCAUUCCAUGGAUGAUGCGUUCAAGUUUUUCACCCUAAGGAUAGUUUUGAUUUCCAUUUUAUUUUUUUGUUUAAAUUAAGAAUAUUUUUUUUAAUUAUACCCUGAUGGGAGAGGGAGUAUUGUUUUAAUUUUUCUACAAUCGCAUCUGCAUAUGAUGCGUGCUGCUUUUCUUUUGUAGCUUAUUUUGCUUUGUGUCUCAAAUGGCCCCUGAAAAUUAUAAAAUAAAUUUCAAAUGUAAGUAUAGGAUUUGGUACCUGCAACUUUUAAUAAUGUGACUUGCCAAUCACAAAUAAACACCAAUGUGUAUUCUGUA